CUCAUGUCUAUAAAUUCAUAGCCUUCCCAUCAUUUUUUAACACAAACCAAACAAAUCACAGUCCAAAUUUACAAGAAUUGUGGCAAAGAUCGAUGGAGUCUAAAGGGUCCAUUUCGAUUAAGCUUUUGCUGCUUCUGCAUUUGUUCGUUCUCUGUGCUUCCCAGGAUUUUGAUUUCUACUACUUCGUUCAGCAGUGGCCAGGAUCAUACUGUGACACACAGAACAGUUGUUGCUACCCAACAACUGGGAAGCCCGCUGCAGAUUUUGGCAUUCACGGGCUUUGGCCUAAUUACAAAGAUGGUUCUUACCCAUCUAAUUGUGAUCCAAACAACCGUUUUCAGCAAUCUCAGAUAUCAGAUCUGACAAGCAGCUUGCAGAGGAACUGGCCCACACUAGCAUGCCCUAGUGGCAAUGGGGUUCAAUUUUGGACCCACGAAUGGGAAAAACAUGGCACUUGCUCAGAGUCACUCCUCAAGCAACAUGACUACUUUGAAGCCGCUCUCGACCUUAAGCAGAGAUCCAACCUCCUCCGAGCUCUUACAAAUGCUGGGAUACAACCUAAUGGAGGGUCUUAUAGCUUGAGCAGCAUCAAGGGGGCGAUAAAAGAUGCAAUUGGGUAUACUCCAUAUAUUGAGUGCAACGUGGAUGAGUCACGCAAUAGCCAACUCUACCAAGUUUACUUGUGUGUGGACACUUCAGCCUCUCACUUCAUUGAAUGCCCUGUGUUCCCUAGUGGCAAAUGUGCCUCGCAGAUUGAGUUCCCAUCUUUCUAAUUAAGUGCAUCUUCGUUUCCGCAUAUUAAUUUGUGUUUGUUUGCAAUGACAUUGAAGUCCAAUAUUCUCCAAUUGUAAGUGUGCUUUGGAGCUUAACUCUUGCACCUGUAAAUCUUAUAAUAUUGGAUAACAUGGCAUUUUCUAUUAUAUAUAAACAUCUUUGAGUACUGGCAAA